AUGGGACGAAAGAAAAUAGCCAUUCAACCUCUCACUGAUGAACGCAAUCGUCAUGUUACCUUCAACAAGCGUAAACAAGGUCUCGUCAAAAAGGCUAUGGAGUUAUCCAUUCUAUGCAAUUGCCAAAUAUCCCUUGUCAUAUUUAACUCGGAGAAUCAAUUGUUUGAGUAUUGCAGCACAGAUCCAAGAUCUAUUCUUCAGCGCUAUUGUCAAGUAGCACACCUACCUCAUGAACGAUUAACCAAUGCCGAAUAUACCAAGUUCGAUAAGAGUGGUAAUUUACCAACAACAACUACGGGAACAACCGACACAAGCUCCAUUGAUGUAACACAAGCCAGUCAAGCCUCUUCAUCAACCACCAAUGCCACUCAGUCUACUGCUGCAACCUCUGCAACAACAACAACAACGACAGCAACAACGAGCAAUGGCGGAAAUACUUCGAGCAAAUCAAAGUCGAAAUCAAAGACACCAAAGAAAAGAAAAUCCAAAAAGGAAAAGAGUGAAAGUGAAGAUUCCGAUGAAGAAACCACAAGUAGCACCAAAAACAAAAUGACACUUCCAAUUUCAGCAGAGCCUUCCAACGUGAGUGCAGCAGCCAUUACUCACCCACCAUUGGCUGGCACUGUACCACCUUUCGCUGCUUAUCCUCAAUUUACAGGUCAACCAAUCUUUGCAGAUCCAAUUCCAACACCGCAGACCGCAUUGCUUAACACAUUUUUCGAUGGUGCAUUUGACCCUCUUACUCCAAGAACAGCCGAAGCUAUUGACAACAUUUCUCGUAGUGCACUCGACAAUCAAAAGAAGAGAAACUCUCCAACCACAGGUUCCGAUAAGAAUCAAGAUGAAGUUGAAUCACCAUCACAAAAGAAGAGAAAAACUGGACUCACCAUUCAAGUUCCUACCAAUAAGAAUGUACCUCUAAAGAGAAUUGAGAGCUCUCUCUCUGAGUCAGCUCAACAAGAGAAUGGUGAGAGUGACUUUAUUGCUCCAGCAAACAGCACAACCAACACUAGCGGUGCAUUACCAACAGCAGUAGCAAUCCUUUAA